GAGAGCAAAACAACACUGUGAAUUGGGACUAGAUCUAAAUCUCCUCACUGAAUAACUGAGAAUGUUUUUUAUCUGAAGGACGCGUCCAGAAAGGCACAAUGAAGGUUAUGCUAGACACAGCUCGGCGGGGAGAAUUGCCCAGAGGAAAAAGGAAGGCUGGUUUGCCACAUGGAUAAGAGAAUUUUGCCCUAAAUCUCCUGUGGAGAACUGCUACUACUUGGUAACCCAGGGAAAAAUGGACAAAGAGAGCAAAAGCACAUCAAAUAUAGGCAUUAUGACUCUCCAUAAGAUAUCCUACAGUAAUAGUAAGAAAUCCUAAGACCAGUAUGACAACCUCAUCUUCUACUUGCAUCUUCUACUUGACAUUUCUCUGCACUUCUACCAGUUAUACUAUGUUCAUCCUUCUUUACCAAUGAAAGAAAAAGAAACACAUUGCAGAUUGUAACUACUUCAGCCAAAUGGACUCUUCCUGGCCCUCUAGAUGACAUCCAAAUUGGGAGCCUGUCCUGUACUAAGAGCAUGAAGCAUAUCUGACCAGUCAAUUGGGAAGCAGUGAAUUCAAGUCUUGAAAUUCAAAAGCUGUGGUGCUGGGACAGGGAGGAAGACCCUAAUUCUAAUUCCAGAGUGAUAAUUUAUUUCCCAUCCUAGUGUUCCCCAACCCCAUUUCUGUUACAAACCAAAUAAUCUAGUUACUAGUGGAUUAAAAUGUUUAUGAAUAUUUAACUUCUUUUUCUUUCCUUUAUCCUUAGAAAUAAUAUAGUUGUAAAAUAUUAGAGUUGGAAGGAAUGAUAGAGAUCCAGCUCUUGCAUGUUACAAAUGAGAAAACAGGUAAAGAGAAACUAAAUAACUUGCUCAAAAUUUCAAAGUUCAUUAGCAGCAGAGCCCAGACUCAGACUCUAAUCUUCUAAUACCCAAGUCAUCAAUUUUUCCAUUCUGCCUUCUCUUCUUUGGCAUCUUCUGUGUUUUGCUAUUUUAGCUAAUAUAUUUUUGAGGCUAAGAUGAAAAUGUUUCCCUGUUCAAUGAACAGAUUUCAAGAUUUCAAUACCGUGUUCAAGAGGAUUUCCAAAGAACAUGACCAACUAGAAGCAAAUGCAUCAGAGAUAUCCUGCAAUGUUGUAUUUUCAAGGAAACAGAGAAUGUUAUCUAGUUCAACACCCCCAAUUAUGAAGAUAUUCCCUCUCCUACACCCUUAUCAGGUAUUCAUACAAUCUUCUUGAAUACUUUCAGUGAUGAAGAAUUUACUACUUCACCUUGCAACUUAUUCCACUUUAAAGUUUUAAUUUUUGAAAAUUCUUCAAUUUCACCUAAAAUAUGUCUGUUUGUAUAUUCCAUCCAAUGGUCCUAGUUCUGUCUCUGGAAUCUACACAGAAGUCUGAUCAUUUUUCUAUUUGACAGCCCUUCAAAUAUCUAAAGAUAUGUAUUCUCCUCCCCUCCCCACAUUCAUAACAAAAGUCAUCUUCUCUUUUCUCAUUUCUUCAGUUUUUCCUAAUAUGAUCAUGGGAUAAACUCCAGUUUUUAAAUGUUCCUCUUAACAAGUGUCACCAAGAACAAUACCUUUGGGAAAACAUGUGAUUAGACAAGUGAAAAUUGCGGUGGCUCUCUAUUCCAUGCAAUCAAAGAAUGCAAAAUAAUUUUUGACAGAUGGAUCACACUUAGGCUUGCAGCCAACUACAUGGAAAAGCUACAUGGAAUACUGUAAAAGACUUACACUGAGAAGAGUGGUAAAGAUAAAAUGAUUACUUUAAUGACCUGUGGAUUCAGAACCAUCUCAGUAUCCCAUUCAUUAUCCCCUGAUUGUUGCAUUGAGGUUUUUUUUAGAAUAAAGAUUCUUGGCAUUCCCUGUUAUUACAUCAAUGUGACUACAACUGAAAAAAGAAGACAUGUCUCUUCUUAUUCUGAGAAGAUUGAGAGGAAACAUAAUAUCCUUUAUAUUAGUUGUGAGUCCUACUUUUUACUUAAUUAUGGUCUUCUCUAAUUCUCAAACUGUUCUCACUGAGAUUUAGAUGUUGUAAAAGCACAGGUGUCCCAAGCCCGCUACAGUUACAUAUAACUCUCUAUAAUAAUUUGUGCGUGUUUCGCAUGGAAAAAUAAAAUAACACACCCUUUUAAUUACAAAAAGAGCUCAAUAUCUCCCUUUGAAAACUAAACACAUAAAGUAUUACUGCCUGAGACAGAAAUCUUUAUGCCAUUGAAAAUUCGAUUGAGAAAGUAAAAUUCUCAAUCAGGUCGCAUGGUGGCGCUGCAGGAUAAGAAGGAGAAUAACUGAUGUGCAAAAAACAAAUCCCGCAUCCUCCAUUACUCUGCCUCAGAGUGGCACUAACCAAAGAAAGCCAGCUUUGUUAGCAGGAGCUGGUGGAGAGCGGGCUUCCCAGAAGUAGUUAUUUAUCCACAGUAUAUCGUGGUGUCCAGAGGUGUGGAUUGAGAGAAACUAACAAUAUUUUUAAAGGGGUCGGCAUGGAAGCAGACAAGAACGCAAUUCGGGGACAAAGGCAAGUUCUGCUUUUCUUUGUUUUGCUGUGCAUGUCUAAGGCGGGUUCGGAGCCCGGGAGGUUUUCUGUGGCAGAGGAAAUGGAAAGCGGCUCGUUUGUAGGCAAUGUGGUUAAAGCCCUGGGACUAGAAAUGGGGGAGCUAUCUAAUAGGAGCGCCCGGGUAGCUUUUAAAGGAGACAAACAGUAUUUGCAGCUCAAUCUUGAAACCUGGGAUCUACUCAUAAAAGAGAAACUGGACCGGGAGGAAUUGUGUGGGCCUACCGAUUCCUGCGUAUUGCCUUUCCAGAUAUUACUAGAAAACCCAUUUCAAAUUUUGCUGGCUGAGUUGCUAGUACGAGACAUAAAUGACCAUUCGCCUUUGUUCCUGGACAAGGAGAUGUUCCUGAAAAUCCUUGAGAGCAGUCCUCCUGGAAAGAUAAUCCGUUUAGACGGUGCACAGGAUUUGGACGUUGGGAUCAACAGUCUCCAAAACUACACCAUCAGCCCUAAUUCCCAUUUCCAAGUUCAAAUACGUGCACGCAAUGACGGCAGGAAGUACCCAGAGCUGGUGCUGAGCAAAGCUCUGGAUCGAGAGGAACUGACUGAGAUACGAUUAACUCUCACUGCCUUGGAUGGUGGGUCUCCGCCUAGGUCUGGGACUUCCCAAAUUCGAAUUUUCGUAGUGGAUGUCAACGAUAACACUCCUGAGUUUGAGCGACAGAAUUAUGAGGUGAGGAUUCCCGAAAACAGCCCCCCAGGCUCUCUAGUUGUGGUGGUGCAUGCUACAGAUUUAGAUACAGGCAAUAACGGAGAAGUAUUUUACACAUUUUCCUACGCCUCCGAAGACAUUCGCAAAACUUUUCAAAUAGAUCGAUCUUCAGGAGAAAUUUCACUAAUAAAAACAGUGGAUUAUGAAGCAACUCAAUAUUAUGAAAUCGAUAUUGAAGCCACAGACGGUGGAGGCCUUUCUGGAAAAUGCACAGUUCUAAUCCAUGUGAUAGAUCUGAAUGACAAUCUGCCCAAACUGACCAUGUCCUCACUUACCAAUCCCAUUCCAGAGAAUUCACCUGAGACUGUGGUAGCUAUUUUCAGGGUUUCAGAUCUGGACUCUGGAGAAAAUGGAAAGGUGGUUUGCUCCAUCCAGGAUGAUCUUCCUUUUGCCCUGAAACCUUCUGUUGAGAACUUCUAUACAUUGGCAACAGAGGGAGCACUGGACAGAGAGAGCAGGGCUGAGUACAACAUCACUAUUACAGUCACAGAUUUGGGAUCCCCCAGGCUCAAAUCCGAGCACAAUCUCAUGGUGCUCAUCUCUGAUGUCAAUGACAACCCCCCAGUGUUUACUCAGAGAGCCUAUGAACUGUACCUGCAGGAGAACAACAGCCCUGCCCUCCACAUUGGCAGUGUCAGUGCCAGUGACAGGGACUCAGGAAUCAAUGCCAAAGUCACCUACUCUCUGCUGCCUCCAGAGACUGGAGACCUGCCCCUCUUCUCCUACAUCUCCAUCAACUCAGACAAUGGCCAUCUCUAUGCUCUGAGAUCCCUGGAUUAUGAAGCUAUCCAAGCUUUCCAAUUCAUUGUGAGGGCAGCUGAUGGUGGUUCCCCGUCUCUGAGCAGCCAGGCUCUAGUUCAGGUUUUGGUAGAAGAUGAGAAUGACAACUCUCCUUUUGUGCUAUACCCCCUGCAGAAUGGCACAGCUCCCUGCAAUGACCUGGUGCCCAGAGCUGCAGAGCCAGGGUACCUGGUGACCAAGGUGGUAGCUGUGGAUAGGGACUGGGGACAGAAUUCUUGGCUUUCCUACCAGCUGCUCAAGGCCACAGACCCAGGACUCUUCACUUUGUUGGCCCAUAAUGGAGAAGUUCGAACAGCAAGACCCAUCAGUGACAGAGAUGCCAUCAAGCAGAAGCUCUUGGUGCUGGUGAAGGACAAUGGGCAGCCUCCUCUGUCCACAGCAGCCACACUGAAUGUGCUCCUGGUGGAUGGCUUUUCUGAGCCCUACAUUCAGCUUCCAGAUGCAACUGAGGAGGAGGUGCAGACUGAUUCCCUUACCACCUACCUAGUCAUUUCCCUGGCCUCUGUCUCCUGUCUUUUCCUGUUCUCUGUUAUUAUGUUCAUUGCCAUUCGCCUGUGGAAGAGGAAUACGGAUGCUAAUGAUGGUAAUCAAUUUGAUCCAAAUGGUCCUUUCCCAGGCUACUUGGUGAAUGGGACAGGGACCUUGUCACAGAAUUAUCAUUAUGAGGUGUGUCUGACCAGUGGCUCAGGGACCAGUGAAUUCAAAUUCCUGAAGCCAAUUAUUCCCAGGAUCCCUGCUCAGGAUAAUAGGAGGGAUUUGGAAGAAAACCCAUCCUUCAGGAAUAGCUGUGACUUCAAUUAGGGAUAGAAAUAUUUUGCAUGCAUUGCCAUUAUGUUUUGUCAUUAUUUUUAUCCUUUUAUUUUCUAUCUUACUGUGACAAGAGAAGAAUUUAUUUUAAAAGCGUAGGUGAUAAAAUUUUCAUGUUCUUUCCCCUGCUACUCUUUCUUUGAUUUUUUUUUCUUUCUGUAUUUGAAUUUUGUGCAGGUUAUGCUAGUUCCAAAUCUAUUUCUAAGAAUGAAUGAGAUACUUCAUUUUUGCAUUCUCAUUUCAAACUUGGAUUUCAACGUUUGUGAUGCAAUUAAAUUCACAAACUUCAUUUAGGACACUAAAACUUUUUCUCUGCCAUGGACUACAUUAGCUCUCUUAAUCUGUAUUACUUGUUAGGAUAUGUUUUCUAAGAUUGCAUUAGUCCCUUUCUUAUCUUCAAUCUAACUAAUGAUUUAUUGAUAGCAUACAAACUUUGGUUGGGACACUCACAAAAAGACAACGAGGAAACAUGUGCUUCUGCCUCACUGCUCCUAUUAGAUCUCAGCCUUUGGUUAUGAGAAAUGAAACCACCUCUACAUAAUCACAGCCCAUGCAAUCAGCUCUUUUACAAUUAACCAUAGGAUCUAUUGUGCUAUUAUUAUCCACAUUUUACAGAUGAGGAAAUUGAGGUAGCGUUUAAGUGACUGACACAAGAUUAUGUAUCUAGUUGAUGUUUAAAGCCAAAUUUGAACUCACAUCUGUCCUGUCUCCAGGUACAGCACUCUAUAAAUUGUAUCAUCUUCCUUUAUGGAAGCAAUUAACAAAAAUCACUCUAUAUGGCAAGCUAUUCCAAAAAGCUAAUGUAUCAAGUUUUGUAGAAAUUCAAUACUUCCCCAAGAAGACAGCAUGCCCAUUUGAUGUCCAGUUGCUUUAGUAGCAUUAUAAAUUAAUGACAAAAACUAAUAUCCUUUACCAUAAGACCAACAUAACCCAGAAACAUGUGGGACUUAGAUUGUAAAGUAGAAUUCUACCUGUAAAGUAGAAUUGGAUAGUAUGAUGAAUUGAUUUUUUUUUAAAUAAUAUUUUUCCUCAUGACUUUUCAUGGCCUUCUGAAUAGUAAGAGAUAGAAGAAUUGAAUAGAUUGUGUCAGAUUUGCCAGUACCAAAGCAAAUAUUCAAAUAAAAUAAAUCUUAAAACUGUACAUAAAAUGGAAAAUUUCCAUGAUUCAAAAAAUGAAAGCACAUGUUAAAAAAUUUUAAAAAGUAAUAAAAAUUUUUAUGUUUGCUUCUGGAUCCCCUUCUGAAUAACUUUUUUUCCCCUUCUAUGUAUUUUUGUUUUGAUGCUGUCUUAUUCUCUUAAUAAUUAUGUACAUAGUUUUAUACAGUGUGUAAUUGUUUCUUGGGGUGUUCUUUUUAUAGUUUGCAUUACUUCAUAUAACUUUUCCCAUAUUUAUUUGUAUUCUUCAUAUUGCCUUUCCUUUCAGCAUUAUAAUAGAUUUCAUUAAAUACCUAUGUCACAAUUGGCUAUUAUUCCAGAAUCAUUGGGCACAUUGUUUCCAGGUUUGUUUUGUUUUUGUUUAUUAGAAAUGGUAUUGCUAGGAAUAUUUUUGUCCAAUUGAAGCUUUGUUUCAUCCAGUAACACUCUUAAUAUUUGGUCUGUAGUGGGAUCAAUAGUUCAAAGAGUGAGUUUUGUAGCUAUUAUUGUGUGAUAUCUGCUUUCCAAAGUAUUGUUUCAGUUUACAUUCUUAUAGCAAUAUGGGACUUGUGCCUGUUUUCCUGCAGCUGCAUGAGCUUUGAAUUUUAUCAUUUUUGUCUAUUAUCAUAUCAUUGUCAAUAUAAUGGAUGUAAGAUGGUAUCUCAGAGUUGUUUUAAAUUAAAUUGCUUUGAUUAGUAAAAAGUUGGAAUAUUU